AUUUCAUUUUCAUUGUGCAAACGACAACUUAACUCAGAACAGCAAGCAUCAGUUAUAUAUUUGUAAUUUGUGUGUUUUGUAGCGAGCUGAAGUAAUCGCCAGCAAUAUUAACAGUGUGUGCCACAGGGACAAAGAACUCUCUGCUAGGUGUAAUUGUGUUACACAUACAUAUUUAAACAUCGACACACAGUUAACAUAACAUUAGGCUAAUUUAAGCUGGCAUCAGCUAGGCAAAUUGACAUUUACAAACAUAUAUGUCAUAAAAACGCUUGCAUCUUUUGCUAACAAAAAGACAAAGCAUUGUAAUAGUUGACAUUUUCGUAUUGCGUGGUAGCUUGGAAUAGACAAACGAUGACUAUCAAGCCAGUUACUGCUCCUAGUGCCAAGCGUGUCGUCGAUUCAGACGCGCCUGAAGGGCAUGUGGCUGGUCAAGUUAAUGUGGAACAAUCUGUAGUGAAUCAGGCUCAUCGCAAUGUCGUCAUUGACAGUCAGAGUCCACAGCGUCGUAACGAGGUAUACGAUGAACUCGCACGUACACACCGUUGCAGCCCACAUAAAAGCUCUCGCUCAAAACGUCGGGAGCAUCAUGACAGCCACGCACAUCAUCACAAGCGUGAUCGCUUGGAACGUGAGAAACUAAGCCUGAAUCAUCCGACUGUGGUGAGUGGAAGUGUUGCAGUCGUGGCGGCAAACAAGUGUAGCACACCACAUGCUGUGGGAACAGCUGUCGGAGCCACUACUGCUGGUAAUAACAGUCCUAUUGCUGUAGGGCGUAAGUCACCAGAUCAUUUGGGGCUUGGCGGCGCUAGUAUACCGAAAGUACAGGCUCAAAUGACACCAGCUGUUGCGGCGACAAAUUUGCUUAAGGCCGUGGAGGACACCUUUUCAGGCUAUAAUAGUGGCGAUGAGCAUCUGCAGCCAAAGGGCCGGACCAUUUCAGUUGAUGAAUGGAAGCGACGCGAUGAGGAGUUUGCGAAAUGCAUGGAGCAACGCGGUUACGAGCUAAAGCCAGUGGAGGAGGACGGAGCCUGCCUGUUUCGCUCCAUAUCCCUACAGAUCUACGGCGACGAAGAAAUGCACGAUGAAAUACGUCAGCAUACUAUGGACUAUAUUAACGAAAAUCGGGAGUACUUUGGGCAGUUUGUCACAGAGGACAUUAACAGCUACAUCCAGAGAAAACGAGCUCGCGACGCGCACGGGAAUCACAUAGAGAUACAGGCCAUAUCAGAAAUAUACAGCCGUACUGUGGAGGUCUACUGUUAUCAGUCGACACCCAUCAACAUUUUCAAUUCCGAGCAAUCCCAGGCUGGUUACCCACCACUUCGACUGUCCUAUCAACGAGGCUCGCAUUACAAUGCUAUUCUCGAUCCAUACAAUGCUACUGUUGGAGUCGGCCUGGGAUUGGCUGGUUACAAGCCCGAGUUCCAAACAAAAGAAGCAGUGCGCCUAAGCGAGCAGCUGGAAAUCGAACAGACCAUGUUCGAGGACAAACUAAAGACAACAGACUGGGAGGCCACCAAUGAGGCAAUAGAGGAACAAAUCGCACGCGAGUCAUAUUUGCAGUGGUGUCGUGAUAAUAUGCAACGUUCGCGCAGCACAAAGACAGCCGCGGGUUCGGCUACAUCCUCUACUGUGACGUCGGCCGAAGCGCUGAACAACUCGGAUGCCUCGCCAUCUAAGUAUUCAAGUGACGGUGGCUGUGGUAGCACUAAUACAAACGGCUUGCUGACCGGGGCUAAUAGCGGGGAUGCUCCAGCCAGUUUUGCAUUAACUCCUAAGACACUUGGCCAGUUUGGACACAAACUAACUCCAGAAGGUAGCGAGCAGUGCGGUUAUGAAAGUGAUGCCACAGACCUGAGCAGCACAAGCUCAGUGGGUCACUGUGGUGCUGGCUGUACCAAUGGCAAUGUUUCCCCAAGUACCGCAAGUGCACAACGUUCUACAAAGAUGGCGAAAUCGCACCGCCGUGUCAAUGCACUGCGUAGCAGCAAGAAACGCCGCCAUGAGUUACGUGAGGCUGGAAAUAGCCUAGAGGCAGCUGAGUCACCAAUGCAUAAAAGCCCCAAGCGCGAUUCAGCUCCUGCAGCUCCUCGUGCACAUACUCCCGAUGCGGAACAGAGGCCAUGUACAUCGAAGCAGUCAUCGCAAUCGCCGCAGAAGCGCAGUGAUCCCCAGUCACCAAACAAACACAGUUCGACGUUCUAUCAAGAAUUACUUGAGUCCUCCUAUGCUAACGAUGGCUUUAACGAGAAUGAGAUGCUCCAACGUGCUAUACAAAUGUCCACACGUGAUUAUAUGGAUGAUCAGAAGCGAAAGUAUCUGUGCGGGCCAUAAGAACUCCAGAUAUAAGAACUCCAGAUCGUUCUUUGUACAGUGAUUGAAUUCUACUUUUCGCAAUGAAAGCAAAACACAAUGCAGAAAUUAACCAAAAACACUCUCACAUGAACAUGGACUUUUGCAAAUAUUAAAAAUUAAUGGGUGCAAGUGCCGGCAGAAAUAUGUUGGCACCCAACCUCAAGUACAUACAUAACGGAACACAACACAAAUACAUUUAUGGAUGCAUAAGAAAUGUUGGAUAGCAUUAAGCACUGACAGAUUUGAUUGUAAUCAAGCACAAAACAAAUUUUUUGGUAUGAGCUUAUUCUUUCACUCAUUUUCGGUCAUCUCCUCUGCGAUGUAGUGGUACUCCCCCUUCCUGUUUUAUUUUCUUACGUAAAAUUAAUGUGUAUUUUUAAAAUAAUUGUACGUAUGUAGUUUAAGCUGUGCGGCUUAGAUAAGUCACAUUUAGAACAUAAAACAGCCCAAGGAAGUACACGCAUGCACCUUUAAAUUUACAUGCGAUCGAGCUAAUGCAUUAAAUAUACACAAUUUACUAUUAUAAAAUACAGUUUA